AUGGAUCAGUGCGGGGGGGGCAAGCUGGGGGAGAGGCCCUCCACCGCGUCAGUGCAGGUACGCAGCUGUAUCCUGAGACUGAAGGGGAGUCUGUGGUGCAGAGCGUACAUGAACCCUGCGAGGACCACUGCCAAGACCACCACCAUGUACACCAAGAGGGACAUCAUCAGGAGUGUGUACAGCAGUGCCAAAAACGUAUUUGAACAUCUGACAAAUGAUGAAAACUCAGCGAAUGCGUUCAUGGGCUCCCAGGCUCUGGCCAAGCGGUUGUUCUUCCUGGUUCCCAACACUGGCAUCUCUCUGUGUGACUACAUACUCUCCUCUAAGACGGAGGCAGCUGUCCAGGAGAGGGUGAGGGAGUGGGUAGGCUUCACCAUCCCUGACGGGCAGCUCCAUAUCACCCAGCAGCUGGUACAGGGCAGGUUAGAGUGGCACCAAGGUAGGCUAGGUACUGGUUCAGCUCCAUCUAUGCUGUCUGAAAUGGCACCCUAUUCCUCAUAUAGUGCACUACUUUUGACCUGAGCCCUAGUUGCCAUGAGAUAAUCUGGUGGUCAGCUAGAUGUUUUGUCUUAAGCCAAUGUCCUCUUGAUGUUCCUUGAGGGGGUGAAGAUAUACUUGGCUACAUUUUGGAAAGUGAGUGACUCAAACGUGACUUGACCGCUAUCCUAAAUAGGCCUAUUACAGGUGAGAUGAUGUCACAGCAGUAAAUGUUGUUUCCUCCUCAUACAUGCCUGUUGUCUGUCAUCAACUUUAUUCCUCUUGAUGUCAUGUUUUAAAAUGCAUGUAGGGCAGGCUAUCAGCAAUUAGUUAUAUUCUAGAUAAUCGUUCUAUUCUAUUCUAUUCUAUUUACUUUUGCCACUACCUGUGUCUGUCUGCUUUAUAAGGUUCCUCCCCAGUUUCAGUUUCUGUCCCACCCAUAGCAUACUGUACAUCUCAAUAAGAUAUCUGUGCCCUUUGUGACACAGUUGCGGUAUGUGUUCAGAUCUUGU